AGCGAGCAGAAGCUGCGUAUGGCCGUGUGGUUGUAGCCGAUUGUUUUAGCUUCAUUUUUUUUCUCCGUGGUAGAAUCACGCGGAGCUUUUGGUUGAUCGCGCCAAACGAGCAGCGACGGCUAUCAGCGGUUGUAAGUUUUGCCAGCGUAAAGAGGUGUGUUUUGAAGUUUCGGACAGUGCAAGACUCUUUGUGAGACAGUUGCGUUCGUGGAGUUGGCGGCAGCAGCUGCUUCGCGGUAACUUUUGAGAACUCGGUGCGUAACAAGUGGCUUCACGGCUUCACACUAUGGCCAACAAGAGCGGAGAUAGUUUUCAGGGGAACGACAAAAAUGCUAAUAGCAACAGUGAGACUGAUGCAAGAAGCGUUUUUGGGGGUCUGUCUUCGGGCUGCUGUAUACCCAGAAUGUUCACCGGGCGGUCGGCCUCCAAGUACCCUGUGCUGCCCACAUCACUCGAGGAUGAGGAGUACAACAUGGCCCACCCCAAGCGAGGCAAAUGUGUCAUCUUCAACAACAGGUAUUUUGAACCCCAUACAAAGCUGACUGAACGGAGGGGGACAGACUUGGAUGCCGAGAAUCUCUACUAUCGCUUCAGUGAGUUGGGUUUCGAGGCAGUCAUCAAACCCAACAUGACACGCAAGGAAAUGCUGGACGAAUUGGACAGAUUGGGCAAACAAGAUUACAGAGAUGAUGACUGCUUUGUCUGCUGCAUCCUGACACAUGGUGACCGUGAUGUUCUUUAUGCGACUGAUGGAAAGUUCCCUGUAGACAACGUAAUGGACCCUUUUCGUGGUGACGUUUGCCCCAGUCUGCUUGGCAAGCCCAAGCUGUUCUUCAUUCAGGCUUGCCGUGGUGAUAGGCUGGAUGCAGGCACUCCGGCAGUCUUGGACACAUCUGAUUCACCAGGCCAGAUAUACCGCAUCCCAACACAUGCUGACUUCCUGGCUGCCUACUCGACCGUGCCAGGAUUCUACUCGUGGCGCAAUACAUCACAAGGCUCGUGGUUCGUACAAGGCCUGUGCUCCGUGCUCCAGGAGCGAGCACGGUCUGCGGACCUGUUGUCCAUGUUGACGGUGGUGUGCCGCCGUGUUGCACUUUACUUCGAGUCGUGUGUGCCAACUGACCCCGGCAUGGACCGCAAGAAGCAGGUGCCGUCCAUCACCUCCACGCUCACCCGGCUAGUUUACUUUGGACGGCGUCCUUAGGUGUGCCUUUUCUUUUGUUUGUGCUUUGCCAUGUGCCCUCACCUGUCCUUCCUUGUUUUGCCUCAGAGGACCAAAGCUGCAUGUGAGAGAACAUCAUUGGGUGUUUAUUUGAUUUGGCCAGUUGCACUGGCCGAACUAGUCCCUUGCACAAGGAUUUUUAUCAGGGCAAGUUGAUACCCACUUGUAAGAGUGUCAAAGCAGCAUGAAAAAGGGGACAUAGUAGAAAUGGAAUCUGACAUGUAGCUGCCGUGCUUAUGUCGAUGCAUUUUUUUUACGUCCCACUUUUUGCAUUGUUAUGGUCCUUAGUUCCUAGUUUGUUUGUUUAUUGACAUGGUGUAACAGUGUGGAAUAUAUGACUGCCGUCAAAAAGUUUGAGGACUUUCUGUGGUAAUAAGUUGCUGUUUAGAUUAUUCACCAUUGCUAUUGAUGAGCAGUUCAGGUGCUCACAGGCACUCCAAGGACAAAAAGAGCUUACGUCAUGGCAGCUAAGGAUAAGUGCAAUGAUGUAUUGCAGUGUAAGGUGGUAAAGGAUAAACGGCAGGGAGGGCCAUGGGAUGCCUUGAGCGACGCUUGGAAAUCAUGUUUUCUGGAAAUUUAGCAAAAUAUGAAACUUUACAACUGAUUUAGUAAAUUCACAUCAACAAGAUGUUUUAGCGCCACCCUUAUUGGUUCAACCAUGUGGCAGUUGUGUGUACACUUUUUCCAAAGCAUUUUGCACAUAAUGUGUUGGCACUGGAAUUGGGGUGUACCAUAUUGUGUAAGACACAUUGAGCAUUGCCACCUGUCUGUCAAGUGCAUUGGCUAAUAGCAUACACAGCUAUAUAUUACUGUGUCCAGUGCUCAAACUCUUUUGAGGGUGAUAAUGUGGGUAGUUUUAUUCAUCACUAAAUUUGUGUCGUAAUGCGAGUUAUAAAGUUGACUACAUGAAAAAAAAAAAAAAGUGCCUACAGUUGCACAUACUGUCGGCAUAAAAAGUUUAGGUUCAGCAGGAUAUCUGGAAAAGAAGCCUGGGCAGAUGGCCUGGAAUUGAGGGUUCAGUCAUCAGUAAUGCUUCUAAAACAAUGCUACACAUUUAAAGCAUGUAAUCGCAUCUUUUAAAUUUCGAACACUAACUUUACUAUCUCACAAAUGUUCCUGGGCCAGAGAGCUGAGGGCUGGCCAGGAUGUAGAUUGAUGCGACGCCAUUGUGCCCACUGGAGCUGAUCUCUUUCUCUGUUUUUCUUUUAGUGUUGAGGUCUAAGAAGCCUAGGUGUCACCUUAGUCGGCUCAAUUCCAGGGAAUGCAGCACGGCCGUGUAGAGCUUACGGAUUGACUGGCCACUAGCACUUUGGCCUUGAAACUUUCGUAACGGUGCAGGAAAUCAUAUCGACCUAAAUGGACAGACCCACAUUGGGCAUAUCAUUGGCAUGGAGUGACCUGGAGCAUAGAAUUGCAGCUUUGUAACUCAGGCAUGAAAAUGAAGUGGCAUUUAAAUUAGAAUGAACAAUUUGAGAAUUUGCCCCAAUCAUUGGUCUGCCUUCAUGACAGGCAAGAAAAUAUUUUAUUUCUGUUUUGCCAGUGCAAACUAGGAAAGCACUUGGAUCAUCUAAAUAAUUGUACCUUUGCCAUUCUCAUUAAUUUAAAUACCUUGGAUCCCAGAGUUUUUUUUCAGCUGGAGUGUUUUGCAUAUCAAAAAAUUAUUGAUGUUCUUUUACCAUGGUUUGCAAGCUUCUAGAGAUUAUAGCUAUUGCUCUGCAGAUGUGCCUUAUGAGUGGCUUUUUCUAGCCAUGCUCCAUGUAUGCAGAAGUUUGUGAGGGCAUGUUUUCUACCAUGCCUUUUCUUGAUGAUGGAAUUAGGUUUAGGCAGUGUGUGACGGUCUGUGUUGAUUUAGUUUGCUCAGACAAAAUCUGUGUGUUCAGAACUGUAAACCUUUACACUACAGAAUUAUUUUAGUGCAGGCCUAGCUUUGGGGGUGGGAAAGCUGACUUGUCAGUUAGCCCGCUUUCUCUAGUGAUAUUGUUUUUUCUUUUAAUAUUGAGAAAUGAUGCUUUUGCCAUGAUAGGUUGUGGCAGUGGUGUCAAUUCUUGACCACAGUGCAGCAUGUGUAGAGUACUGUUAGUACUUGUUGCUGCACCAAGUGUGUACGAACUUUUCUUGCGUAGAGAAAGUACUAUAAGGUGUAAGUGUUGUAUUGAAGUCCCUUUUGACCAAAGCCAAAUUUAGCCAGGUAUUUUAGUAUCAACCAACACUUUCGCUAUGUAUAGCCGGUGCAUCGCAAACACAUGCAGGUAUGCAAGAGUGAUCUGAGCUGAGCUGUUAGCUUUCUUUUUGAUUCUAAAAGGAUGUGGGUUGUUGUAGUAAAUGUCCCGCAUUGGGGGCGGGGGGGGGUGUUUAUUUCUCUCCAAGCAUUUUUUCUUGCUGUGUGUUUGAGCCAAAGCCAUGUCAUGGAAUGAUUCCCGUCAUCUAGGAGAACCUUCUGUUGGAACAUCAGCUUUCUAAAGAGCUGUCGAACAUUGCAACUGUGUGGUGGUAACAUGACCAGUGUAAGAUUAUUUUGAUAAUUUAGUGAAUGGUAACAGGGUUUCCAUGACGAGAGAAGGAGAAAUGGAAAAAAAGGCAAUACAUUAGAUUGUAAUUAAACUCACUUUGGUUUACUUAAUUUAUUUACAUGGUAAUGUACUGCCCUAUCUUGUCCUGUUCCUUUCAGGAUCUGACAUGAUUGGGAUGCCAUUCAAAAUCAGAUUAAUGUGCAACUGUUCUUGAAAGUGAAAGAAAAGCAGCCUAGCACAAGCACUCAAAGGAGCAAGUAGAUGAAAUAGUAUGCGGAGUUGUGUUUAAAACGGUGAACAAUCAUGAAGUGAGCAUGCAAGCGCAAUGCGCACACUGUUUGCAAUACUUAUCUCACCAGCUGCACUUGUUUACUAUGUACUUGGAACAUUUUAAAAGGCCGUAUUUUAAGGGGCCCCUCUCCAGGCGUCAUCGUAUAUUUUGGUUAUACACUAGAGAGUUGCAAAAGGCUGCUAAAGGAGCAUUGUACUGCAACAGUAAAGGUUUAGUAGUUGUAGUCAAGAUAGAAGCAUGUGAGCUACCCUCCCUAUGCUGCAAUUCUCUCCAAUUGCCUCAGCCAGUUCUUGCAGGCAACAUUCCUCUCCUGCCUUCUGCCAUGUUGGAGUUGUGGCUACUUUCAUCAUAUACAUAGCGCACAUAAAACGAGGACAAAAGAGAGACAGAAGUCGAGAUGUACCAACUUGCCCAUACCGCCAACCUUGUUCUUUUUUGUCACAAGCUCCGUCUCUCUCUCUCUCUUUUAAAAAUGUUUUUUUCCCUUGCUGUGUAAUAUAUUUCCAAAAAUAGUUCUACGUGUUCUGCAUUUAAUGGGAAUCUCCCAAGUUUUUCGUACUAGUGCCGGUUAAUUGGGCUCUGCAGGCUAAUUGUGUGCUGCGGGCGUAAGCAUGUGGUGCGGAAGCACCAUGCUCACGGACAGAGUGGCUCCUUCGACAAGAAGACCACGCAGGCUUUUGUUCAAAUUUUUCAGCUGUUUUGGGGCGCAUGUCGGUGAAACACUUUGUAGACAUGACUGUCUCCUCGUGAUCUGUGCGCUGCGGUUGCCCGUUUGCAAUGCCCAGACCUGGUGAGGGGCCCUUUAUAAAUAGGUGCAGUGCAACAUAACGGUCUGAUAUUUAGCAGGCACUCUGGUAUGGUAUAGCAGACAUUCAGGUUGCGUGUUGGGUAAGCAUUGUAGCACAUCUCUGGCACAUGUUGAUGAUUGACUGAAAUUCCAGCCUUUAACUUCGAUACAAGGGAAGGAGGCACUGGCUAUUUUGGAGCUAUAUUAGGGGUGCAUGAGUCUUAAGAAUUUCAGUUGCUUCUGCCUCGAAGCAAAGUGUUCAACUCAAAAUUUGAUAUUCAGCUUCUUCAGAUAUUUCAUAAUGCCCAAAUAUGCAGGGUUGCUGCAAUUAUUGGAGCCUGUCUGCCAUGUAACAGGGCCCACGUGUAUACUCUGCCAACAACUUCAACUCUAAUAUAAGUCAGCAUGUAGCCAUGAUGUUAGAAGCCUUCCUGAACGAAUUUCUAAAUAAGAGUUUGAAAAUUCAUUUUAAAUGAGAUUUAAUUUUCACCUUAUUUCACCGGAAUGUUUGCUUUUCUGCUUUAAGGAAGUGCGCAACUGCUCGGUAUUCGAUUUUACCUUUGUAGCCUGCAUUCUUCAAACAUAUUUAAUAAUUUUGAUUUGAACAUUUGAGUAUUCAAGCUCCUGUAAGAGUUAGCAAAACUAGAAGGGAUUAAAAGAAUGUGGACAACACGUUGCCAUCUCUGGUGCUGAAGCUUAGGAACCAUGUGAAAAUCCUGUACUUAAGAGAGUGAUGGCGUUAAGCUUUUAAAAUCUCCAUAUACAAUAGUGUCUACUUUACCACUUUACUUCCAUGGAGGCCUUAGCUCUAAGAGGUGCCUUGUUAUACACAAAUGCUUCUCUUAAGCUUCAAAUGUUUCUGCCACUUGCCCAAUGCAAUAACAGACAGCUCAUGAAAACUUUGGUGAGACAAGGAUUGCAUGCCUGGGAAGGACAGCCAGCUCUUUAAAUGUACUGUCUGGGAUUGUUUCUACAGCAGUAAAUGGGCAAGCAAGCACUGAAUGUCACAGACACCGUAUACUGGUCUGGAAUGAAGUAGAUUGUAAACACUUUUUAUGUGUUGUAACUUGGAUUUCAGUAACAAUACCUUGAUUUGCGCGAGUUGGUUCAUCUUGACAGUUUUCAUAAAAAACGCUAAAGGCAAAGUCGA